CUCCUACACAGUCCUGAGGGGAGGGGGGAUUCCAGCGCCGAGCACCGCGGAGAGGAGGGAGCAGUAUCCCGGCAGGAGGAGGCCGCUCCCCCCACUCUCUACGCUAGGCCCGAACCACGCCGCUUCCUGGUUACCAGCUGCCGUUGUCAGGGAGGGAGGAGAAGGAGCGAUAGGGGGUCACGACGGAGGGUCAAAGGGGAAAGGUCACCAACCCAUCAUCCUCCGUGUUGGAUACACAGCCAUCUUGCUUCUGCGAGACAAGAAAAUUCAUGCGGUGACAUAAAGCAUGUUUGGUGCUUCAAGAAAGAAGUUUGUAGAGGGGGUCGAAAGCGAUUACCACGAUGAGAAUAUGUAUUAUAGCCAGUCUUCGAUGUUUCCACAUCGGCCGGAGAAAGAUAUGCUGGCAUCUCCAUCACCAUCCGCAUCGGGUCAGUUGUCCCAAUUUGGGGCAAGUUUAUACGGGCAACAAAGUGCACUAGGCCUUCCAAUGAGGGGCAUGAGCAACAAUACUCCUCAGUUAAAUCGCAGCUUAUCACAAGGCACUCAGUUACCAAACCAUGUAACGCCGACAACAGGGGUACCAACAAUGUCUCUACACACACCACCAUCUCCAAGCAGGGGUAUAUUACCGAUGAAUCCCAGGAAUAUGAUGAACCACUCCCAGGUCAGCCAGAGCAUUGGCAUUCCCAGCAGAACAAACAGUAUGAGCAGUUCAGGGUUAGGCAGUCCUAACAGAAGCUCGCCGAGUAUAAUCUGUAUGCCAAAGCAACAACCAUCACGGCAACCUUUUACUGUGAACAGCAUGUCGGGGUUUGGCAUGAACAGAAAUCAGGCGUUUGGAAUGAACAAUUCCUUAUCAAAUAAUAUUUUCAAUGGGACAGAUGGAAGUGAAAAUGUGACAGGACUGGACCUUUCAGAUUUCCCAGCACUAGCGGACAGAAACAGAAGGGAAGGAAGUGGUAACCCAACUCCAUUAAUAAACCCAUUGGCAGGAAGGGCACCUUAUGUUGGAAUGGUAACAAAACCAGCAAGUGAGCAGUCCCAGGACUUCUCUAUACACAACGAAGAUUUUCCUGCAUUGCCGGGUUCCAGCUAUAAAGAUCCUACGUCAAGCAAUGAUGACAACAAAUCUAAUUUAAAUACAACAGGAAAGACUGCCUCAAGUACAGAUGGACCCAAAUUUCCAGGAGACAAAAGUUCCACAACGCAAAAUAAUAACCAGCAUAAAAAAGGGAUUCAAGUUUUACCUGACGGCCGAGUAACAAACAUUCCUCAAGGCAUGGUGACAGAUCAGUUUGGCAUGAUUGGUUUGUUAACGUUCAUCAGGGCAGCGGAAACAGACCCAGGAAUGGUACAUCUUGCAUUAGGAAGUGACUUGACAACGCUAGGUCUCAAUCUCAAUUCCCCUGAAAAUCUUUAUCCAAAAUUUGCAUCACCGUGGGCAUCUUCGCCUUGUCGACCACAAGAUAUAGAUUUCCACGUCCCUUCUGAAUACUUAACAAAUAUUCACAUUAGAGAUAAGUUGGCUGCAAUAAAACUCGGUCGAUAUGGAGAAGACCUGCUAUUCUAUCUAUACUACAUGAACGGUGGCGACGUUUUACAGCUUUUAGCAGCAGUGGAGCUAUUCAACAGAGACUGGAGAUACCAUAAAGAAGAGCGAGUAUGGAUAACAAGGGCGCCUGGAAUGGAGCCAACUAUGAAAACAAACACAUAUGAAAGGGGAACAUAUUACUUCUUCGAUUGUCUUAACUGGAGGAAAGUAGCUAAGGUGAACCAGGCCCAGCUACAGAUGGCCGGGCGUGAUGAUUUCUCCAACGAUGAAUUCCUGAACUCAGAGACCUGCGGGUGGUAUCCAAACUUCAUGUGACAGCAAUUCCCGUCCCUGAACUCAUCAAGGAGUUCCAUCUGGAGUACGACAAGCUUGAAGAAAGGCCUCACUUGCCAUCCACUUUCAAUUACAAUCCAGCUCAGCAAGCUUUCUAAAGACUUCCCUGUUCAUGGGGUAUGGCUGUCUCAGCACAAUACUCAACAUAACUGCAGAACUGAUGUGGCUCAGGCAUCCUGGUUUUAAUUCCUUGAGGAUCUGGCAAUUGUCUCAUGCAAAGGGAUCAUCACUUGAGGUCCUGCCUUACUAAUUAUGUGCUGCCCAACAAAUAUAAUUGUAAUUUGUUUCUUUAGUUUGAGCAGGGUCUGAUUUUUUUUUUUCUCUUUUGGUUUUUGUUAUCCUUUUAUGCCAGCAGACAGACAUGGGUCUGUAUAAACACACACACGCACAGAAGCAUACAGUUUACUGACAGAGUUUACCACUUCAUUUCCAAACUGUACAAAGGAGAGAGAGAAAAAAACCCAACAAAACAAAAUUAGACAACAGCAUAUACAUUGUUCAUUGUAGCACUAUUGGUAAUAAAAAAAAACACCUGUUUGUGCAUUUUUAUGUGAAGAUCCUUCUCGUAUUUCAUUUGGAAAGAUGGGCAAGGUCAGCUUCCUACAUUUUACUCCCCCUUCUGUUUUUGAAAAGCAUUUGAUGCCAUGUUUAGCCCCUUCACAACCAAAAGGGUCUGCAUUGCAUUGCUGAGCAAAGAUUUGCAGACCCCUCUGGCAGAGAAUGGGUCAGCGCAAGAAUAAUUGACUGUUUAGGUGAAAGAUAUUGCCACAACCUUUGGAUAUUUUUCAGAGUUGGGUAUUACUGAGCUUCAUCUUUCCAGAAUGAGCAAAACACUGUCCAGUCUUUGUUACGAUUUUGUAAUAAAUGUGUACAUUUUUUUUAAAUUUUUGGACAUCACAUGAAUAAAGGUAUGUAUGUACGAAUGUGUAUAUAUUAUAUAUAUGACACCUAUUUUGGAAAUGUUUGCCCUGCUGUACCUCAUUUUUAGGAGGUGUGCAUGGAUGCAAUAUAUGAAAAUGGGACAUUCUGGAACUGCUGGUCAGGGGACUCCUUUGUCGCCCUGUGCACUUAAGGGCCAGAUUUUCAGCAGCCAAGGACAUCCAUACCCAAGUGAACGUGAUGGGACUUAAAGAAGUGAACUGAGACAAUUCACUCUGGCUGUUUGAACAGCAGCGUUUCAUAGGAAGACAAAAAAGAUCAAUCUUGUAUUUUCUGACCACAUAAAGGCUUCUUCUCUUUGUAAUAAAGUAGAAAAGCUCUCCUCA